AUGCCCACUUCUCGUUUCGAAUACUCCGUCUUCCGCAUCGCUAAGGAUCAUGCGAUCACAUCAUCAGCCAGAAAGUACAAAGAGCUGCGCCUCCAGGCCCUUUCCAUUGCACCGACCUCCUUCUCUUCCAGUUACGAGAUAGAAUCCGCUCACACAGAUGACGAAUGGAUUGCCCGACUGGCCGCAGACAGGAGCGAGACCUUCAUAUGCGCCGCAACACCCGUUGAAAACCCAGAAAUGACUACAUGGGUAGGCCAGUUAACGUUACAUGGCCCACAAAACCGGGAGGACUUUAUCCUACCCGAGGAAUCCGGCCAGAGAAACCCCCCGGAAGACGGAGACAAGGAACUGUGGCAGAUGCUCAGUCUGUUCACCCUCCCCAACCAUCGCGGCCAGGGACUCGGGAAGAAACUGUGCCGAGAGGCGUUGGAUUACUUAGCUUCGUAUCGAGAAUCUCCGCACGAGGUCUGGGUGCGGUUGAUGGUGAAGCCGGAGAAUCAUGCCACAGUAGGAUUGUAUCAGGGGUUGGGGUUUUCGGAGGCUGGAAAAUGUACUCUUGCUGAGGCUUUGAUUGCGAAUGGAGAUAAGGAUCUGCUGCCGAAAGAUAUUACUGGGGAAAAGUAUAGUUUGAGGAGUGGAUUGAUUAUGAUGUUAGAGAUAUGCCGCUCGUGA